UUACUGGACUCACGUACAGUAAUGGGCGAUCUAGGAUGGAUAGCCUACCCAAAAAAUGGGUGGGAAGAAAUUGGUGAGGUGGAUGAAAACUACGCUCCAAUACACACAUACCAGGUAUGCAAGGUAAUGGAACAGAAUCAGAACAACUGGCUUCUGACCAGCUGGAUCUCUAAUGAAGGGGCAUCCCGCAUCUUCAUUGAGCUCAAAUUCACCCUGAGGGACUGUAACAGCCUUCCGGGAGGACUUGGGACCUGCAAAGAGACUUUUAACAUGUAUUACUUUGAAUCAGAUGAUGAAGGUGGGAGGAACAUCAAAGAAAACCAGUACAUCAAGAUUGAUACCAUUGCUGCUGAUGAGAGCUUCACAGAGUUAGACCUUGGAGACAGAGUAAUGAAGCUCAACACGGAGGUGAGAGAUGUUGGGCCCCUAACAAGAAAGGGAUUUUACCUCGCUUUCCAGGACGUGGGUGCCUGCAUUGCCCUGGUCUCCGUGCGCGUGUACUACAAGAAAUGCCCAUCAGUUGUCCGCAACCUGGCCCACUUCCCUGACACCAUCACGGGUGCAGAUUCCUCACAGCUCCUGGAAGUGACAGGUGUCUGCAUCAACCACUCAGUGACUGAGGAGGCACCGAAGAUGCAUUGCAGUGCAGAGGGGGAAUGGCUGGUGCCCAUCGGGAAGUGCUUGUGCAAGGCAGGGUAUGAGGAGAAGAACAACACCUGCCAAGUAUGCAGACCUGGGUUCUUCAAAGCUUCACCCCACAGUCCAUCCUGCAGCAAAUGUCCCCCUCACAGCUACACAUUUGAUGAAGCUUCCACAUCUUGCCUAUGUGAAGAGCACUAUUUUAGGAAGGAAUCAGACCCACCUACAAUGGCCUGUACAAGACCCCCUUCUGCUCCUCGGAGUGCCAUCUCAAAUGUUAACGAGACUAGUGUCUUUCUGGAAUGGAUUCCCCCUGCUGAUACUGGUGGAAGGAAAGAUGUGUCUUAUUAUAUUGCAUGCAAGAAGUGCAGCUCACACUCAGGUCUAUGUGAGGCGUGUGGCAGUCAUGUCAGGUACCUCCCCCAGCAAACCGGCCUGAAAAACACCUCUGUCAUGAUGGUGGAUCUGCUUGCUCAUACAAACUAUACCUUUGAAAUUGAGGCAGUGAAUGGAGUGUCCGACCAGAACUCCGGAGUCCGGCAGUUUGUGUCUGUAAAUGUAACAACAAACCAGGCAGCACCUUCUCCAGUCAGUACUGUGAAGAAAGGGAAGAUAACUAAAAAUAGCAUCUCUCUUUCCUGGCAGGAGCCAGAUCGACCUAAUGGCAUCAUCCUGGAAUAUGAAAUCAAAUAUUUUGAAAAGGACCAAGAGAUGAGCUACACCAUCAUCAAGUCCAAAGAGACAACGAUUACAGCAGAUGGUUUGAAACCAGGCUCAGCGUACGUCUUCCAGAUCCGAGCCCGGACAGCUGCCGGCUACGGGGGCUUCAGCCAAAGAUUCGAGUUUGAAACCAGCCCACUGUUAGCUGCAUCCAGUGACGAGAGUCAGAUUCCUAUAAUUGUUGUAUCUGUAACAGUGGGAGUCAUUCUGCUGGCUGUUGUUAUCGGUUUCCUUCUCAGCGGACGUUGCUGCGAUCAUGGCUGUGGGUGGGCUUCUUCUCUACGUGCUGUUGCCUAUCCAAGCCUAACAUGGCGAUGUGGUUAUAGCAAGGCUAAGCAAGAUCCAGAAGAAGAAAAGAUGCAUUUUCAUAAUGGCCACAUUAAGCUUCCUGGAAUGAGGACUUAUGUCGAUCCCCAUACCUACGAGGACCCUAAUCAAGCUGUCCAUGAGUUUGCUAAGGAAAUUGAAGCUUCAUGCAUAAGCAUUGAAAGAGUUAUCGGAGCUGGUGAAUUUGGAGAAGUCUGCAGUGGGCGGCUGAAGCUGCAGGGAAAGCGUGAGUUUCCAGUGGCUAUCAAAACCCUGAAGGUGGGCUACACAGAGAAACAGAGAAGAGAUUUCUUGGGAGAAGCAAGCAUCAUGGGGCAGUUUGACCACCCCAACAUCAUACACCUGGAAGGUGUCAUCACAAAAAGCAAACCAGUAAUGAUAGUGACUGAAUACAUGGAGAAUGGCUCUCUGGAUACAUUUUUAAAGAAGAACGAUGGGCAGUUCACCAUCAUCCAGAUGGUUGGGAUGCUACGAGGCAUCGCAUCGGGAAUGAAGUAUCUGUCUGACAUGGGUUACGUGCACAGAGAUGUGGCUGCCAGGAAUAUCCUGAUCAACAGCAACUUGGUCUGCAAAGUGUCAGACUUCGGCCUCUCCAGAGUCCUAGAAGAUGACCCUGAAGCAGCAUACACAACCAGGGGAGGGAAGAUCCCCAUUCGAUGGACAGCGCCUGAAGCAAUUGCCUUCCGCAAAUUCACAUCUGCCAGCGACGUCUGGAGCUACGGCAUUGUAAUAUGGGAGGUGAUGUCCUAUGGCGAGAGGCCUUACUGGGAAAUGACAAACCAAGAUGUGAUUAAAGCCGUGGAGGAAGGCUAUCGCCUGCCAAGUCCCAUGGACUGCCCUGCUGCUCUCUACCAACUAAUGCUCGACUGCUGGCAGAAGGACCGCAACAGCAGGCCCAAGUUUGAUGAAAUUGUUAGCAUCUUGGACAAGCUCAUCCGUAACCCAAGCAGCUUGAAGAUACUGGUUAAUGCAUCAAGCAGAGCGUCGAAUCUGUUGGUAGAGCACAGUCCAGUCGGGAGUGGUGCCUACAGGUCUGUGGGUGAGUGGCUGGAAGCCAUCAAAAUGGGCCGGUACACAGAGAUCUUCAUGGAAAAUGGAUACAGUUCAAUGGAUGCAGUGGCUCAGGUGACCCUAGAGGAUUUGAGACGUCUGGGAGUGACACUUGUUGGUCACCAGAAGAAGAUAAUGAACAGCCUUCAAGAGGUGAAGGUCCAGUUGGUGAAUGGGAUGGUGCCGUUGUAA